AUGUUACGAAAGAAGACCAGAAAUCAUAGAGAUAGUUCUAAGAGACAAUCCAUGUUUAUGGAGACUAUGGUUAAUUCCUUUAGUUUACAUCAGGAUAAAACUGAGAAUAAUCAAACACCUUUAGAUUACAUUUCUGAUCCAAUUCCAAUAGAUACUUCAGCAGUUCCAGUUAGAUUAUCUAGCAGGAGAGAAAUUUCAUCUAGAUCAUCGGAGGCACGGGCUAAGAUGUUGAAGAGAAGUAGUAUGAUGCUAGAUGGUAAUAUUAUUAGAGAUUAUAAUCUUGCAGUUAAAGGAUUGAGUGCACAACAUUUAGUAAACGAUGAACAGAAUACAACUAGAAGUGAUUCAGAGACAUCAAUAGCAUCAAAUCGGAGCGCUACAUCAUCACUUUUCUCUAAUGGUAAUUCUACUAAUUUACGUGAUUUAUUGUAUGAAGAAUUAGAUACAAUACAAUUGACUAAUAAUAAUAAAAAUAAUAAAUCACGUACAGGAUCUCUACAAGGUACUAAAGCACUAUUUAUGAUUGAGGAUAAUAUGAGAGACAAUGGAUCGUGGCUGGACCCACAAGAAAUUGGUAUUAGUGUAUCCUCUAAUGAAAGUACCCCUGAACUAAAUCGUUUGAACAACAACAAAUUCUCUAGAACUGUUCUAGAUUUCAUUUAA